UCCUCACACCCUCCAUUUCGAACCAGAGGUGACAUUACCAACCUUACGACUUGAUCUAGCAAACACUAAUUCCAAACUCACCUACAAAAUUUACUCCUACUCUUUGUCACUUCUUCCAAGAUGGAAGAUCACCUAAUAUUACAUGUUGAUCAGCUUGUGGCACCACAGGAGGUGGAGGCUCCGGUAUUGAUUCCAAAGGCUUCUUGCAGUCAUGGUGCUGGUUUGUCUACUUCUGUUACUGAUAGAAAGGAAGACAGAGAAUAUGAUGCAUCUGGUGAGGAAGAGCCAUUGAUUCAGUCAGUUGAAUGCCGCAUCUGCCAGGAGGAGGAUAGUAUAAAAAACCUGGAAGUUCCUUGUGCUUGCAGUGGCAGCCUCAAGUUUGCUCAUAGGAAAUGUGUUCAGCGAUGGUGCAAUGAGAAAAGAGAUGUAAUUUGUGAAAUCUGUCGUCAGCCUUACAAUCCUGGUUAUACUGCUCCUCCACCUCAAUCGGAAGAUGCAAUCAUCGAUAUCAGUGGAAGUUGGACGCUUGCUGGUACUCCUUUAGACUUGAAUGAUCCUCGAGUCUUGGCUAUGGCAGCUGAACGCCGUCUUUUGGAAACGGACUAUGAUGAGUAUGAAGACAACAGUGCCAGCGGGGCUUUGUUUUGUCGGUCAGCUGCUAUCAUAUUGAUGGCUCUCCUGCUGUUGAGGCAUGCUCUGACAAUUGGAGAUGGUGAUAGUGAUGACGAUGAUCCUUUUGCGUUUUUUGCUCUUUUCCUACUUCGGGCAGCCGGGUUUCUCCUUCCUUGCUACAUAAUGAUCUGGGCAAUUAGUAUAUUACAGCAUCGCAGGCAAGCACAGGGCUGUAAACAAAAGGCUUGUUUCUGUUCGGUCGUUCGCUUCACUUAACUGAACACGGAAGCCGAAACACUGGCCGCUGCAGAUGUUGCAUUCAUGAUUCCGGCAGGGCAACAUAGAAACUUGCAGGUCACUAUUGCCCCAGGACCCGCAAUGGCUCCUACGACACCUAUGGUGAUACCGAUUCCUGCAGCAAGCCCCACACACGAGUCACUUCAAUAAUAUAUGCGGUAAAAAUCCAUAACUUUGGUGCGUUAUGUUCUUGAUGUUAUUUGUAUCAACAUGAAAUAUGAGGUGCUAUAGCCCGGGCUUGAGAUGUGUUUCAGGCUACCAUUGUAUCCUAAAAAGCUUUUUACGAGCUGAAUUGUAUCAAGUUUGUACAUCAACUAUGUGUUUGUACAUAUAUUCUCACGAUUAAGGUCUGCCUACAUCCAAACGUUUCUAGAUCCUACCUUUUUCAAA